AUGGAGGAAGAAAAGAUAACCAGAAAUAAAAAAGACUAUGUGCAGACGGCUUCUGGGAAUAUCGUAUGUAGGAAGACAAUUUUGUGUGGAAGUCAAAAUAUACAUUUAUUAGGUACUUGUAUUAUUGAUAGUGGAGUUAUAUUAAGAGGAGAUCUUGUAAUGAUAAGAAUUGGGCAAUAUGUUAUACUUGAACCAAACUGUAUUAUUAGACCUUGUUUUAAGAAAAUUAAGGGUAAAUAUGGAUCGGUUCCCAUUUCAAUAGGUGAUUGUGUUCAAAUAGGUGAGAAUUCUGUAGUUAUGGCAUCUUCAAUUGGAUCAAAUGUUUAUAUUGGAAAAAAUUCGAUCAUUGGAUCAGGUUCUAUAAUUAAAGAUAAUUGUAUAAUUUUACCGGAAACAACUAUAGCUCCAAAUACAUUAAUUCCUCCUUUCACUGAGUGGGGAGGAACUCCUGGAGUAAUGCUUAGAAGACUUCCUGAAUCUCAAAAUAUACUGUUACAACAACGUGCGAUUGAAUACUAUAAUAAUUUUCAGUUAGUUUCCAAUAAAGUGCAAGAAGAACCAGAAAAAAUUCAACAUUCGAAUACAACACUUAUCAAAUCCAUGAAGACAGGUAUUUCCAAUUACACCAAAGAUAACAACAUUGAUGAUGGUGAUGGUGAUGGUGAUGGUGAUGGUGAUGAUAAUAUUAAUGGUAAUGGUAAUGGUAAUGGCAGUGUCGAUGACAAAGGUAAUAGCAAUAGUAAUGACAAUGACAAUAAAAAUAAUAGCAAUAGUAAUGGCAAUGUUAAUGGCGAUGAAAACACAAAUUCUAUUGUUGACCCUAGUUCUAAAGCUGAUGAUGAUACUACUUCCGAUACAGAACAACACAACAUCAAUAGAGACAACGAAAGUAACCCAGAAAAUACCAAAAAUGAUGAGACUCAACAAGCACUAUAA